AUGAACGGAAAUACAAGACAAAAGCCCAUAGACAGUGGUCGUCCAGUUCGAGUUGUCAUCAUUGGAGCCGGAGUAUCUGGAAUUGCUUUGUAUAUCCGUCUUCUCCAGUAUGUACCUAACGUCACAAUCACUAUUUUCGAGAAGAACGCCGGGUUGGGAGGGACUUGGUUUGAAAAUCGCUAUCCUGGAGUUGCUUGCGAUAUACCCAGUCAUGUAUACCAAUAUUCAUUUGAGCCAAACACACAGUGGUCGAAGCUCUUUUCCACUGGAGCCGAGAUUUUAGAAUACGUGAAAGGCGUUGCCAACAAGUAUCGGGUCUCCGAGAAGAUAAAGUACAAUACGAGGGUUGUUGGCGCUACUUGGCAUGAUAACAAGGGCGUAUGGAUGGUGAAGACAAUGAAUGCUAAACCUUCUGGAGAAUCUGAAGAGGAGGAGACAGAGGCAGAGAUAGUUAUCAGUGCUGUAGGGAUCCUCAACAACUGGAAAUGGCCAGAUAUCGAGGGUCUUGAUGCGUUUGAGGGCAAACUGCUUCAUUCUGCGAAUUGGGACACUACUUGGGAUUAUACAGGACAAGCUGUUGCGCUGGUUGGCUGCGGCUCUUCAGCAAUCCAAAUUCUACCGCAUCUUCAAAAGAAAAGUCUGCGCGUGCAUAAUUUCAUUAGGGGAGGAACCUGGAUCAGCCAGCCAUUCGGCUCUACAUUCACUGAGAACAUCUUAACAAAUAGUGCAGAGUCUGGAAACUACGCUUACACUAAGGAAGAAUUGCAACGAUUUGAAUCCGACACUGAAUACUAUCAGGCAUAUAGGCGAGAAAUGGAAAGUUUCAUCAACAAAGAUUUCCCAUGUCUCUUCCCUGGAACCUCCGAAGAAGAAGAAUCGACGCAAAAAAUCAAGGAUAACAUGCGCGCCAAACUCGCCUCCAAGGAGGGCGUGUAUGAAGCUCUCGAACCUCAGUUCACACCUGGCUGUCGGCGCUUGACUCCGGGCCCCGGGUAUCUGGAAGCUCUCGCCCAAGAUAAUGUUGAGCUAGUGAAGACACCAAUAGCGCGCAUUACCAAACGAGGAGUGGUUACUACAGAUGGCAAGGAAUGGAUCGUAGACGCAAUUGCUUGCGCUACUGGGUUUGACUGUAGCUAUAAGCCUCGCUUUCCGAUCAUUGGAAAAGACAAUAAAAACCUCUCUGAGAAAUGGCAGGAACGAGCCUCAGCUUACCUAUCUCACUCAAUUCCAGGAUUUCCAAACUACUUCACUGUCGGUGGUCCUAACUCAGCCACUGGCGGUGGCUCACUUCUCUUGAUCCUGGAAUCGGUAAUGGGAUACGUGGUGAGGGCCGUACAGAAAAUCAGCCGCGAGAACAUCAAGUCGAUGGAAGUCAAGGAAUGUGCAUUGGUCAGCUGGCAAAACCAUUUGGAUCAGUACUUUCCAAAGACAGUGCACGUUGACAAUUGCACAAGUUGGUAUAAAAUUGAUGGGAAAAUCCUCGGGUUGUGGCCUGGGAGCAGUCUCCAUGCCAUGAAGACUCUUGAACAUCCACGGUGGGAAGACUACGAGUACAAACUCGUAGAGAAAGAAGAUGAGCUAAGCUGGAUCGGUAAUGGAUGGACGAUUGAGGAUGUAAAUCGAGGUAAUCUCGGCUAUUACAUUGAUUUUGCAGAUGUGCCCCCUAUUCCUUCUGAGGAACUCCUAGCCAAGCAGCCAUGA